AUUCCCAAACAGCCACCGCUACGCUACAUCCGGCCUGGUGACGUCAACAUCGGCGGGAUCAUUUCCGGCCUGCAGUACGACAAAGAUGGCCUCUGUGGAGACUCGAGCUUCAUAGACUCCUCGUUCCACUUCUCCGAGUCCGUCGUGUUCGCCAUCGAGGAGAUCAACCGGAACCUGUCGAUUCUGCCCAACGUGACCUUGGGCUUCGCCAUCCUUGACGACUGCAUGAAGGAGACAACAUCCGCCAUACACGCCAUCAGUUUCAUCAAGGACGCGGGCGGCUCGUUGCUGGGUAGCAGCCCGAACGGCACGGUCACGGCCCAGAUGUCCCAUGAAGUAGAGGACAUACUUCCUUCUUAUGACGUCGUUGGGGUCAUAGGUUGCUUGCGCAGUUCCAACAGUAUGGCGGCGUCCACCGUCCUGGGACCUGCUCACCUCCCAUUGGUCAGUUUCACGUCCACUAGCGAGACGCUGAGUGACAAGGAAUUGUAUCCGUACUUUCUAAGGGUUGUGCCGUCCGAUAACUACCUGGUGAGUACUACAUAGUGUACUGAAAUAGGUCCAUGGUGAGUUUAUGAUAUGAAUAAUACCUGCCAUGCGAAUUUCAGAUAUUAAUAAUACCUGCCAGUUGACUUUAUAUUUUCAAAUGAAAACUGCCAGGUGAGUUUAUGGUAUCCACGAUAACUUCCAGGUGAGUUCAUAAUAUCAAAAAUAAAUUCCAGAUGAGUUUAUGAUAUCAAAGAUAACUUCCAGGUGAGUUUAUGAUAUCAAUAAUAAGUUCCAGAUGAGUUUAUGAUAUCCAAGAUAACUGCCAGGUGAGUUUAUGAUAUCCUAGAUAACUGCCAGGUAAGUUUAAAUAAUAUAAUAUAAUAUUUAACCACCUGGUAAAUUUAAAAAAAAAAUAUAUUUUUUUAUUUAAAUGAUAACUUCAACGCGAGUUUUUGAAAUGUAUAAUAGCUCCGUGGCUAGUGCAUACAAUAAAAUAGUUCUUUCCUCAAAUAACUUUUUUUUGUGUGUGUUUUUUUUUUGUCUUUUUGAAAAUGGAGCGAUACUUUUUUCAUUUUCAUAAUUGUCCCAGGUGGAUGCCCUCGUCGAGUUGAUCAGCCAUUUCCAAUGGAGCUACAUCUCGGUGCUAUACGCCGAGGGCAGUUUUGGAGAAAUCGCUUUCCAGGUAAUGAUACGAUAAUUGACGCCUGCUGGAAAAACAAAUUUUUUCCCCAGUGCACGACACUGUCCGCCCAUCAGACAUUUCAACAUUUUAAUUGUCAUGUGUCCUUUAUCGUGUUUGGAGUCGGUUUCCAUGGUGAUAAAGGGGUAAACCGUCCAAGAACCACUUUAAAAAAACAGAAAUCAACUAGUGAUGGGGGGGGGUGUCGUUAUAAGACACAAAAUUACAAGGAUGUGAUAAGGCAGACAAUUACAAGAUAUGUUAUAAGGCAGACAAUUACAAGGAUGUUAUAAGACAGACAAUUACAAGGAUGUUAUAAGACAGACAAUUACAAGGAUGUUAUAAGACAGACAAUUACAAGGAUGUUAUAAGACAGACAAUUACAAGGAUGUUAUAAGACAGACAAUUACAAGAAUGUUAUAAGACAGACAAUUACAAGGAUGUUAUAAGACAGACAAUUACAAGGAUGUUAUAAGACAGACAAUUACAAGGAUGUUAUAAGACAGACAAUUACAAGGAUGUUAUAAGACAGACAAUUACAAGGAUAUUAUAAGACAGAUAAUUACAACGAUGUUAUUAGACAGACAAUUACAAGGAUGUUAUCAGACAAUUACAAGGCUUUUAUAAGACAGAUAAUUACAAGGCUUUUAUAAGACAGAUAAUUACAAGGAUGUUAUUAGACAGACAAUUACAAGGAUGUUAUCAGAGAGACAAUUACAAGGCUUUUAUAAGACAGAUAAUUACAAGGCUUUUAUAAGACAGAUAAUUACAAGGAUGUUAUUAGACAGACAAUUACAAGGAUGUUAUCAGAGAGACAAUUACAAGGCUUUUAUAAGACAGAUAAUUACAAGGCUUUUAUAAGACAGAUAAUUACAAGGAUGUUAUUAGACAGACAAUUACAAGGAUGUUAUCAGAGAGACAAUUACAAGGCUUUUAUAAGACAGAUAAUUACAAGGCUUUUAUAAGACAGAUAAUUACAAGGAUGUUAUUAGACAGACAAUUACAAGGAUGUUAUCAGAGAGACAAUUACAAGGCUUUUAUAAGACAGAUAAUUACAAGGCUUUUAUAAGACAGAUAAUUACAAGGAUGUUAUAAGACAGACAAUUACAAGGAUGUUAUUAGACAGACAAUUACAAGGAUGUUAUUAGACAGACAAUUACAAGGAUGUUAUCAGAGAGACAAUUACAAGGCUUUUAUAAGACAGAUAAUUACAAGGCUUUUAUAAGACAGAUAAUUACAAGGAUGUUAUAAGACAGACAAUUACAAGGCUAUUAUUAGACAUAUAAUUACAAGGAUGUUUAUAUAGCGUGUGAAUUGUUUAACAAGCCGUGUCAGCUUCAUGGCUGCUCGUACUCCUCUCAUUGGCAGGCGCUGAGGUCAAAGGUCAGCAAGAUGAAGGGCGUGUGCAUAGCCACGUCACAUAAGAUAUACCAGAAGGCGUCCUACGAGGACCAUUUGUGGAUUAUGAAGGUGAGACCCGCACAUACACACACAUUCAUGCACACAUACUUACACAUAUGUACACAUACAUACAUACACACACAAACAACCCACACACCUAUUCACACUGCCACUUAAAGCUUAUAUAGGAGGAUCCUUUGUGGAUUAUAAUGGUGAUACACAGGCGUACAUACAAACACACCUAAAUACAUACAUAAACAAACAUCCCAAACCGGUACAAUCGCAUGGUAAUGUUUUAUUAUUCGGGAAGUUUAUUAAUCAUGUGAAACAAUGUGUCUUAUUCCUUGGGCGUCGAAGGCUCAAAGAUGUUGAGUAGGGGGGGGGGCUGGGGGAGGAGGGAUUAUUGAGCCCUUUCGCGAAAAAUUUUCAAAAUUAAAUGAUUCAUUUUGGCACAAACCUUAAUUUAGCUUUGUAUUAUUUUGCACUUAAUAUGAGAGCAACAUACUAAAGGUGUCUCUUGACGCGGUUGUGUUGAUGCAAAUACUCUAUUUUAAGUUGUUACUCAGUAACAUACAUAUUCUGGUUGGUUUUUGAGCUUACGCUCCUAAAGCCCCGGCUAGUACAUUGGCAACGAGCUCCAUCUGCUGGGCUGAGCCCUAUAACAUUGUAUGAACGUAGAACUCUCGAGCUGACCAGGCCUUCCUUGAAACAUCCAUGGUGGGGCACGAAGUCAACACAAGCGUUGAUAAUCUCUGGGGCCAGCGUGCAAUGCCGAUAGUUCGGGUUCCUGUUGUUGUAAGAGUUAGUCGGGCAGUGUUCCGUUAGCAUUUAGGUCAACAGAUUAUGGAAUCGGCGACUCAGUUUCCACCAGGAGUCAGUUCAUGGGAUGUGUUUUGUUGGCGUAUACACAUCCGGGCCUUCGUGCCGUCUGCCAACUGUCAGUACCACUUUGUCCUGAAGGGGUCCGUCGGACAGUUUGUGUCGUCUGCCUACUGUCAGUACCACUUUGUCCUGAAGGGGUCCGUCGGACAGUUUGUGCCGUCUGCCUACUGUCAGUACCACUUUGUCCUCAAGGGGUCCGUCGGACAGUUUGUGUCGUCUGCCUGCUGUCAGUACCACUUUGUCCUGAAGGGUCUGUCGGACAGUUCGUGCCGUCUGCCUACCGUCAGUAUCACUUUGUCCUGACGGGGGUCCGUCAGCCAGUGUUUGACUGAGAUAAAUGACUGGUGUUUCUGUUUGGGACUGGGCAGCAGUCGCCCCCCCCUCCCCCGGAUUUUUGCCAGUAUGUCUACUCUUGUCAAUACUGAUAGCAAACAAUAAAUAAAGUCUUUCUUUUUAUUUAACUACUGAUGAACGUGACAGACGGUGAGUUGUGGUGCGGUUUAGAAUCGGGAGCAGCUUAUAUUUGGAACAGUAUGGUACUCAGAAAGGAAUGCUGUAUUAGAAUCUAGUAUUGUCUUAAAUAUAUCUCAUCAUCAAAUAUUUUGAGCAUAGCGAUAUUUCCUCGAUUAACCUAUUUCACUAAUGUUACUUACAGGGUUAAACAGAUGAGUUAAACCAUUUUUGUAGUUAUAUUUUUAAUACAAUGUAUUUUCGCUUAUACCUAUAUGUUGACCUAUUUUUAUCCUGAGGGUGGGGGCACUUGACUUUCCCUUGAUGGGCAGUGUCCCCCUCCCCGCAUCUCCCCCCCCCCGGCCGAGGGAUGCCUGGAAGAAAGAUACUUUUUUUCGUAAUGUAUUUAAAUGCUACUUUUUAAUACGUUUAAACUCGUCUUUGAUAGAAAUUCUUUUUAUAAUAAGAAGUCUUCUAACCAUUAUUUUUUUAAAAUUGAUUAUCUAUAUGAGUCUUUAUGUACCUGUUAUGGUGGACUAGCGGACUGGACCGUCCCGAUAGCCAUACAUCACGCAUGCGCAGACAAUGUAGUCAGAGAGAGUGUAUGAUUGUAGAGUGUGUUCCGGAAGCAAGCAGAAUGUCAUCACUAUUGAGAACCUGUAUUUAUGUAUAUAAAAUAAAGUUUAUUGUUUUAAAUAAAAAAACAUUGAAAACAUAACAGUACCGCUUCUACACAUUUCGUUUCAUGCCGUCUUGAGAGAUACUUUGUUCCACUGGCCAUUGGCUGCUCUGUCUCUCCUUCCCACCAGGACCUGCUGGCCCACAAGAACGCCAGAGUUGUCGUCACAUUCACUGACCCGCCCAGUGUCCUGCAGCUGCUCAAGGCCAGCCGUCAGCUAGGAACGAGCGGAUGGUACAUCUGGUUGACCAAUGACAGCUGGAAGCUGACACUGGGUGACAUUACCGACAAGGUAAGCCGUCAGCUAGGAACGAGUGGAUGGUACAUAUGGCUGACCAAUGAGAGCUAGAAGCUGACACUGGGUGACACUACCGACAAGGUAAGCCGUCAGCUAGGAAUGAGUGGAUGGUACAUCUGGCUGACCAAUGACAACUGGAAGCUGACAAUGGGUGACACUACCGACAAGGUCAGCCACUGAGUUAUAUUUUUGACGCGGUAAAUGCUAUGAGUGGUUAUAUUAAACCAAUGGCUCUCAACCCGUGGGUCGCGACCCCUUUGGAGGUCGAAUGACCUUUACACAAGGGUCGCCUAAGACCAUCGGAAAACACUUAAUAAUAUAAUGGGUGGGGGUCACCACAACAUGAGGAACUGUUUUAAAAGAUCGUGGUAUUAGGAAGGUUGAGAACCAAUGUAUUCAACUAUUCAAGCCUACGUGCAAUAAGCUGCUUUAAUCAGUGGCGUAGCGAGGGUGUUUGGCGCCUGGGGACAAGAUUCGCGCCCGGGGACAAAAAUCCAUUUUUAGCGCCCCUUUUUCUUUUUUUCAACUCCCAAACCCAUUAUUUUCAUCAAUAAAAUAAUAUCUAGCACAUUUUGGCGCCCCUAACUAGCUCGCGCCCGGGGACAUCUGUCUCCCACCCUGCCCCGAACCAAGCUACGCCUCUGGCUUUAAUGGACGAGUUGUUCCCAGUGACCAAUGGAUUCGACUUGCAUGAUUGAACACUCAGCUCCCGUUCCCGUCACAGGCUAAUAAUUCUGCUCGGGGGAGGGGCUCCGGGGAGGGAUUGGGGGGGGGGGUGAGGGGAGUAGGCUAGCCGGGAGACCACCCGUCGCUUGACGCUUAACUGUCAGGCCUACCACAACAUAACAUCCCUGAGGUGUAAUUCAUUUAUCCUUGACCUUUCCAGGACGUGAUACAGUCCGUGGCGGGAAGCUUUGUCGUCGGCUUCCAGUCCCCGGUCUCCCAGGAGUACAACAGGCACGUGCUGUCGAUGUCGCCUGUCACCAACAGCAACCCCUGGUUUAGAAAGUAGGUCGCGUUUACCAAAAAUGAUGUCUGGAACUUUCUUUACUCACACUGAGUAGAAAGAAACAAUAUUGAUAAUAUCAUUAACGCAUUCUUGGCUCGAGGGUUCUAAAACUGAAUAAGGAUCUAUGACACUAUAAUUCCACCAAACUUUAGUAAAACAUUACGUGAAAAUAAUAUUCGAUUUAACCCCAUUCCCCCCCCCUUCCCCAAGAAAACCAUUGCACCACAUGAUUUAAAAUAACAAAACAAAACGCAAUUUAACUUUAAUAAGUUAUUUACGUUUCAAAACAUAAAAAUUGAUAUUGAAACAUCAAAAAUAAAUUUUGAUGUUGAAACAUCAAAAAUAAAUAUUGAUAUUGAAACAUUAAAAAUAAAUAUUGAUAUUUAAACAUCAAAAAUAAAUAUUGAUAUUUAAACAUCAAAAAUAAAUAUUGAUAUUGAAACAUCAAAAAUAAAUAUCGAUAUUGAAACAUUAAAAAUAAAUAUUGAUAUUGAAACAUCAAAAAUAAAUUUUGAUAUUUAAACAUCAAAAAUAAAUAUUGAUAUUGAAAUAUCAAAAAUAGAUAUUGAUAUUGAAACAGCAAAAAUAAAUAUUGAUAUUGAAACAUCAAAAAUAAAUGUUGAUAUUGAAACAAUAAAAUAAAUAUUGAUAUUGAAACAUCAAAAAUAAAUAUUGAUUUUUGAAAUAUCAAAAAUGAAUAUAAAAAGAUUUCACAAUUUAAAAAAAAAGUUGGACGAGGAUUCAAACCCAUUCUCCCACGCCUACUGGGCUUAAAUCAACAAUCAAAAUAUGUAACACACAAGUAUAACCCCGUUGUUCAGGUCCACGUGACGUGUUGCUUCUCAGGUAUUGGUCGGAAAGAUUUAACUGCUCGCUGACGGACACGGCCUGCGUUACCGAGAACAACGUGACCUCCCUCCCAGCCUGGGGCAGCUACACAUAUGCCUCGAACGCCUUUGAUGCGGUCCUGACCUACGCCCAUGCCAUCGAUGCCGUCAUCAAGAGCAGGUGUCCCCAUCGCACAGGAAGUGACGUCAGGAGCUGCAUCUCUGGACCUGAUCUCUUAGCUGUGGGUAAAAUUGGUGGGGGGGGGGGCAGGGGGGAGAGACAGGUUUAAAUGUAUGUGUUAAAGUGUGGGGGUGGGAGCCUUUUAACUUUACUAAAACAACAAAUAUCACCUCCAUUUCAUCUCCACGCCUCAUCUCUGGACCUGAUCUCUUAGCUGUGGGUAAAAUUGGUGGGGGGGGGGGGCAGGGGGGAGAGACAGGUUUAAAUGUAUGUGUUAAAGUGUGGGGGUGGGAGCCUUUUAACUUUACUAAAACAACAAAUAUCACCUCCAUUUCAUCUCCACGCCCCCUUCAUCUCGCUCACUUUGCCCCUCAUACUAUGACCCCCCACCCCACUCCCUGCCCAACAAUUUUCUUACGUCUUAUCUUAGUUAAAACGCUAUCAUCAUGUACAAAUAGUUGUACCGGACUAGAAGCAGACAUUAACUUGUUAAAACGCUACCAUCAUGUACAAAUAGUUGUACCGGACUAAUCGAAGACAUUGGCCUGUCUUUUUUUCAGGCGAUGAGGAACUCCUCCUUCUACGGAUCGACUGGCCUCAUUGAGUACGACGCCAAGGGUAGUGUGCUGGCCAAGUUCACUGUUGAGCAGGUCAGCCAAAAUAAUCUCUAGAAAAAUGCCGCAAGAACCGUUGGUUUUAAUUAAUUUUUUUUUAAGAGCAACUUAAUGGUCACAACUUGAUGGUCACAAAUUAAUGGUCACAACUUAAUGGUCACAACUUGAUGGUCACAAAUUAAUGGUCACAACUCAAUGGUCACAACUUAAUGAUCACAACUUAAUGGUCACAACUUAAUGGUCACAACUUAAUGAUCACAACUUAAUGGUCACAACUUAAUGAUCACAACUUAAUGGUCCCAAGUUAGUGGUCGCAGCUUGAUGGUCACAACUUAAUGGUCACAACUUAAUGAUCAUUUUUUGGAGCUGUAUUUAAACAAAAAUUUAAUUUGAUAUCCUGUUGUAUUAAUUUCAAGAGAUGUACUGCGUCUCGAAGACAUUGCGUUCUCCCUGGAAUUCUAAGAUUGCCGAUCUCUUCAGUUUCUUCCCAAGCUAGAUAAUGACGGCCUUGACGUAGUCCCGGUAGCUGUUUACUACGCAAGGACGGCCGAACUGACGUAUUUCCGGAACAUAUCGUUUGACUACGUCAUACAGGAAGGGCUGCUGAAGAAUGGCAUUCCUCGAUCAGUGUGCAGUCUGCCUUGUGGACCAGGUACAGAGUGAAGGUCAUGUAUGGCUGUAUUUAAUGAAAUGUGUCAACUGUAUGGCUGUAUCUAAUGAAAUGCGCAACUGUAUGGCUGUAUCUAAUGAAAUGUGUCAACUGUAUGUCUGUAUCUAAUGAAAUGUGUCAACUGUAUGGCUCUAUCAAAUGAAAUGUGUCAACUAUAUGGCUGUAUCUAAUGAAAUGUGUCAACUGUAUGGCUGUAUCUAAUGAAAUGUGUCAACUGUAUGGCUGUAUCUAAUGAAAUAUCUCAACUGUGUGGCUGUAUCUAAUGAAAUGUGUUAGCUGUAUUAAUGUAUUUAUUUGUAAGCUGUAUGGCUGCAUGUAAUGAAAUGUGUAACUUGUAUGGCUACAUCUAUGUAUAAGCCUUACGGCUGUAUCUAAUGAAAUGUGUAAGCUGUAUCGCUGUAUUUUAUGAAAUGUGUAACGUGUAUGCCUACAUCUAUGUGUAAACGUUAUGACUGCAUCUAAUGCAAUGUGUAACCUGUAUGGCUACAUCUAUGUGUAAGCAUUACGGCUGCAUCUAGUGAAAUGUGCACGCUGUAUCGCUGGACCUCAUGAAAUGUGUAACCUGUAUCGCUGGACCUCAUGAAAUGUGUACUCUAUUCUCAGGUGAGUUCGUCAUCAAGAAGGACCAGGUGUGCUGCUGGGAGUGCCGCCGAUGCCGUAACAAUGAAAUUCUGGUCAGAGACAACACAGACUGCAACCCUUGUCCAGAUUUCACGUGGCCGGACGUCAGGGUAAGACAGCAUCCACUUCACGUUGGAUUUGCCCCUGCGUGUCAAGCAAGGGGAGAAAAAUACAGUCGUUAGAUAUUAUGUCUUAUGAUUAACGUCACUUUGAACGCAGUUUCCAUGGAAACUUGACAUCAAGGUUGUGUACUUCUUGCUGAACAGGGAUUUCUGGGAAUUAUUAACACGUAAAAUCUUGAAAUGAGUUGCCUUGACCCUGCAGGUAUUAUCUUGCCCUGCUUUUUUUUCCCAAACACACACUCCGCAAUAAUAGAGCAGACACAAAAACAACAAAAUUAUCAACAACAACAAAAACUACAACAAAACUAACAGCAACAUAUUUUACUCAUGUCUCACAGAAGCUGGGAGGCUUUGUUGAACAACGCAGCGUUAAAUGUGAAACGUGAAUUAAUUCAUGACAUGUCCCACACCUCCCCAGUCGAACUAUACGUCAUGUUACCCCAUCGAGCCCGACUACCCCGAGAUCGGUGACCCCCUGGUCGUUUUCUGCCUGACCCUGUCCGUCGCCGGCGUCGUGGGUGUCGCCAUGGUCAUCGUCGCUUACGCCAAGCACAGUGACGCGAAGGUCAUCAAGGCGUCCAGUAAAGAGCUGAGCAGUCUUCAGCUGUUUGCUGUUUUAACGGGUAAUAUUCCCAGCUGUUCGCUGUUUUAACGGUUAAUAUUCCCAGCUGUUUGCUGUUUUAACGGGUAAUAUUCCUAGCAGUUUUAACGGAUAAUAUUUCUAGCUGUUUUUUUAACGGUUAAGCUGUUUUGCUGUUUGUUUUUUAACGUUAAGGCUGUCUCGUUUUUUUUUUGUUUUAACUUGUAAGCUGUGGGAUGGUGGUGGUUGGAUGGUGGUUGUGAGAUGGUGGAUGUGGGAGGGUGGAUGUGGGAGGGUGGAUGUGGGAUGGUGGUGGUGGGAUGAUGGUGGGAUCUUGGUGGUGGGUUGGUGGUGGUGGGAUGGUGGGGGUGGGAUGGUGGGGGUGGGAUGGUGGGGGUGGGAUGGGGGUGGGGGUAGUGUGGUGAUUGGGUGGGUGUGUAGGAGGGGUGUGUAGGUUUGGUUUCGAGGACGUAUGUGUACAAUGGGUGUGUAGGAUGGGUGUGUAGGAGGGGUGGUGGGAUGGUGGUGGUGGGAUGGUGGUGGUGGGAUGGUGGAUGUGGGAUGGUGGUGGUGGAGUGGUGGUGGGAUCUUGGUGGUGGUUUGGUGGUUGUGGGAUGGUGAGAGUGAGAUGGUAGUGAUGGGAUGUGGUGGGAUCGUGGUGGUGGGAUAGUGGUGGUAGGAGUUUGGGGGUGGGAUGGUGGUGGUGGGAUCGUGGUGUUGGGAUGGUGGUGGACAUGAAUUUUUCUCGUUGUCUGAUGCCAGUCUCUAGCCCGUGUUACAAAUAAAUAUGUGAGGAAUUUUUUUAUAAUCAUUCUUGGAUUUAUUUUUUUGGCGUGAGGGAAGUGGUUCAGGGUGGUUAAAAAAAUCAACAUCAUCCAAAUAGCCGGUUAUUUAUGAAUGGACCCCUUAUGCCGAGAUUUGUUGAAUUUUUUCUUACAAACCUUUCUACAAUUUUUUUUUCUUUCAAUUUCAAGUGCAAUUUUGGCUUUCUAAAGCACAGUACAUUAAAAAAAAAAAUAUUAUCUUGUUGUUUCUUUAAACCAUAUUACUCUUUAAUCAGUCUCUUACCUUUUCACUUGGCAGUGUCUAUUUGUUGGCAGUGUCUCUUUGUUGGCAGUGUCUCUUUGUUGGCAGUGUCUCUUUGUUGGCAGUGUCUCUUUGUUGGCAGUGUCUCUUUGUUGGCAGUGUCUAUUUGUUGGCAGUGUCUAUUUGUUGGCAGUGUCUAUUUCUUGGCAGUGUCUAUUUGUUAGCCCUCUGACCAUUCCACCAUACAUUCAGAUUUUGUUUAUACCUAUUGGUGUCUUACAAUCACAAUACUCAAGCUGAAAUACAUUCUCGUCUGUCCCUAAGGCUACCUUACCAUGCCAGCUCUCAAGCUCAAAUAAAUUUCUAUCUGUCCUUAAGGCUACCUAAGUACGCAAGCUAAUAUAUACUUCUUUCUGUCCCUAAGGCUACCUUACCAUGUCAGUACUGAAGCUAUAAAACAUUUCUGUCUGUCCCUAAGGCUACCUUACCAUGUCAGCUCUCAAGCUCAAAUUAAUUUCUAUCUGUCCUUAAGGCUACCUAAGUACGCAAUCUAAUAUAUACUUCUUUCUGUCCUUAAGGCUACCUUACCAUGUCAGUACUGAAGCUAUAAAACAUUUCUGUCUGUCCCUAAGGCUACCUUACCAUGUCAGCUCUCAAGCUCAAAUUAAUUUCUAUCUGUCCUUAAGGCUACCUUACCGUUUAAGUACGCAAGCUAAUAUAUGCUUCUUUCUGUCCCUAUGGCUACCUUACCAUGCCAGUACUGAAGCUAUAACACAUUUCUGUCUGUCCCUAAGGCUACCUUACCAUGCCAGUACUGAAGCUAUAACACAUUUCUGUCUGUCCCUAAGGCUACCUUACCAUGCCAGUACUGAAGCUAUAAAACAUUUCUGUCUGUCCCUAAGGCUACCUUACCAUGCCAGUACUGAAGCUAUAACACAUUUCUGUCUGUCCCUAAGGCUACCUUACCAUGCCAGUACUGAAGCUAUAAUACACUUCUGUCUGUCCCUAAGGCUACCUUACCAUGCCAGUACUGAAGCUAUAAUACAUUUCUGUCUGUCCCUAAGGCUACCUUACCAUGCCAGUACUCAAUGUUAAACCUACGGAUGGUGUUUGUGUAGCAUCAUACUUCAUGUACUGUCUGAGCUUCACGUGGCUGUACGCUCCAUUACUGGUAAAGGUAAAUAUCCAACCGUGUAUUCAUCCAUAUGUAAUAUAUAUCUGGUAUGUAUAUAUGGUAUAUAUAUCCAUUUUUAUAUCCAGAGAACAAGUCAUUUACCCUUAUAUAGAUUUAUACCUAUGCAUGCUACCUUUUAUAAUAAUUAAAAUACACAGUGAGAUUAAAUAUAUAUAUAUUACUUUUAUCAAAUUCUUAUGUUUUUUCUUUAAGCCAUUAAUCCAUUUAUCCAUUAAUACAUCUUUUAAAAUAAAUGCUCUUCGUAACGUUAACUUACACUUGGUAAUACGUUAUCUAUAUACAGGGCCGGCGCUGGGGGAUGGCGUAGUGGGCGACCGCCCAGGGCCCCUCGUUUGCGGGGCCCCCGCACGUUGCCGUAGUAUAUUGUGUUUGUCUUAUUUUUGGCUUGUGUUCAGAUGACAAUGGCUCAUUCAGCUACGUGUUUUCAUUAUUUUGUUUUUGACAACCUUGCAUUUGUAACAAUGGAGCCGCGAUGAGUACUUUGGGCCAGGGCAAUUAACUGUUAUAGGAAGAAAAAAAAGAAAUUUGGGAAACUAAGCGAGUGAAUAAAUAUCCGUUAUGACGCGUCCCAUUAUGACCAGCAAGGCCCCAGUACGACUAUAACGUGUCUUAAUAUCCAGCAAGCCUCCAGUACGACUAUAACGUGUCUUAAUAUCCAGCAAGCCUCCAGUACGACUAUAACGUGUCUUAAUAUCCAGCAAGCCUCCAGUACGACUAUAACGUGUCUUAAUAUCCAGCAAGCCUCCAGUACGACUAUAACGUGUCUUAAUAUCCUAUCGGUGGAAUACAUAACGGCAGCGGCACCGCAAAAUUCAAUUUGCCCAAGGCCCCGCACCCUCCUAGCGCCGGCCCUGCUAUAUAUCUUGUCAAUUGCAUGAUUACUUCCAUCUAUUGCCGAUUACUUGCCUAACACCUGAACAAUAUUUACUUUCUCUUCCACACAAGACCAUUCGUAUCCAUCGAAUAUUUCACAGUGGCAAAAAGUCCAAAGGGCGGGUCAAGCUCAUCAGUCCCAGGUCGCAAAUAGUCUUCUCAGCACUGCUCAUUACUAUUCAGGUAUGCCUCGUAAUAGUUCAGUUACACAACAUCGUAGUUCAGGUACAUAAUAUCCAAGCUCAGGUAUAUAACAUCCUAUCUCAGAUAUAUAACAUCAUAGUUCCGGUAUAUAACAUCAUAGUUCAAGAAUGUAACAUCAUUGUUCAGGUAUGUAACAUCAUAGUUCAGGUAUGUAACAUCAAGAGUUCAGGUAUGUAACAUCAUAGUUCAGGUAUGAAACAUCAUAGUUCAGGCAUGUAACAUCAUAGGUCAAGAAUGUAACAUCAUAGUUCAGGUAUGUAACAUCAUAGUUCAGGUAUGUAACAUCAUAGUUCAGGUAUGUAACAUAAUAGUUGAGCUAUGUAGCAUCAUAGUUCAGGCCUGUAACAUCAUAGUUCAGGCCUGUAACAUCAUAGUUCAGGUAUGUAACAUCAUAGUUCAGGUAUGUAACAUCAUAGUUCAGCUAUGUAAAUCAUAGUUCAAGAAUGUAAAAUCAUAGUUCAGGCCUCUAACAUCAUAGUUCAGCUAUGUAACAUCAUAGUUCAGCUAUGUAACAUCCUAGUUCAGGCCUGUAACAUCAUUGUUCAGGCACGUAACAUCAUAGUUAUUAAGCUAUGUAACAUCAUAGUUAAGCUAUGUAACAUCAUAGUUCAGGUAUGUAACAUCAUAGUUCAGCUAUGUAACAUUAUAUUUCAGCUAUGUAACAUCAUAGUUCAGGUAUGUAACAUCAUAUUUCAGGUAUGUAACAUCAUAGUUCAGGUAUUUUUUAUCAUUGUUCAGUUAUGUAACAUCAUAGUUCAGGUAUGUAACAUCAUAGUUCAGGUAUGUAACAUCAUAUCUCGGAUAUUUAACAUCCUAGCUCAUGUGUGUAACAUCAUAGUUCAUUUAUGUAACAUCAUUGAUCUGCCAUCAUAGUUCAGGUACACUACAUCAUAUUUCAGAUAUAUUUCAGGUAUAUAACAUCAUAUUUCAGGCAAAUAAAAUCCUAGCCCAUGUAUAUAACGUCCUAACUCAUGUGUAUAGAAUCCUAUCUCAGGUAUAUAGCAUUCCAACACAGCUAACAUCCUAGCUCAGGUAUCAAGUAUCCAACCUCAUGUAUACAAAUCCUAGCUCAUGUAUACAUCAUCCCAGCUCAUGCACAUAACAUCCUCGCUCGUGUAUAUAACAUCCUAGCAUAUGUAUAUAUCUAUGUAUAUAUCAUCCUGUCUCAGGUACAUAACAUCCUAUCUCAGCUAUACAACAUCCAAGCUCAGGUAUACAACAUUCCAGCUCAUGUAUAUAACAUCCUAGCUCCUGUAUAUAACAUCCUAGCUCCUGCAUAUAACAUCCUAGCUCCUGUAUAUAACAUCCCAGCUCAGGUAUAUAACAUCCUAGCUCAUGUAUAUAACAUCCCAGCUCAGGUAUAUAACAUCCUAGCUCAGGUUUAUAAAGUGCAAUCUCAGCUAUGCAACAUCCUAGCUCAUGUAAUCUAUAGUCUCCUAACUCAGGCAUUUUGUUUUCAUGUGCAUAAACUCCAAGACAACACCACUGCAAAAGGGGUUGGGGGGGGUUAGCUAAAGGGUUGGACAAGAGUGUGACUCAGGGUUGGAUUAGAAGGGGGCAAGGGUUGGGGUUGGCUUACUCAGCCCUGUCGAGUAAAAGUGGCGCCCGGGACGAAUCCUGAAUAUGGCGCACACCUAGAAGAAAAUUAAUGUGCCGUACGUGGCGGGCCAGUAAAAAGACGAGUUAGCGCCCCUUGCCUUUGUCAAGUCCGUAGGCUACUUUCAUUUCAUUGACUAUUAAUUUCCUAUCUAAAACAUCCCCCCCCCCCCUUUUUUUCUGAUGUUUACGCACGUGGCGAGUGCCCCUUUCCCCUUACGCAAGGUCCUGAUGGCGAGCACCAGGGGUUAUCCCCCCCCCCCUUUUUUCCAAGAAUAGCAUAGAUAAAAUUGACCAAUAAAUGAAAUGCUACAACACGCAAUGAUAUUGACAAUGAAAACUCUUUAUCUGAUUAACAUACACUUAAAUAACUUAAUUUUAGUUGCUCUCCCCCUUUAGACAAUCCCCAUGUCCGCCCCUGCCAGGAGAUUUUAUGUAACAAAUAUACUUGUAAGAAGUCUUCACAUGUUACAUUUCUUGUUAAACGUGAACAUUUGGAGGGGUGGGGAGGGGGGUUGGGGGUUACAAACCACGUGUCUGACCUUUAACAUUUCCUUUUUGUUUCAGUUUAUUUUAUGCAUCGCUAUGACCUUCUUGUACAAACCGUCCGCGUCCUUGACCCAGGUGGUUAAAACAGGUAUCUAUGGCCACCGUUGUAACAUACUUUCAUAUGUGAACACAUAAUUUCUGUCCGUUGCUAAAACAUGUAUCUGUUGUCAAAGUUGUAACAUACUUUCAUAUGUGAACACAUAAUUUCUGUCCGUUGUUAAAACAUGUAUCUGUUGCCAAAGUUGUAACAUACUUUCAUAUGUGAACACAUAAUUUCUGUCCGUUGCUAAAACAUGUCUCUGUUGCCAAAGUUGUAACAUACUUUCAUAUGUGAACACAUAAUUUCUGUCCGUUGCUAAAACAUGUAUCUGUUGCCAAAGUUGUAACAUACUUUCAUAUGUGAACACAUAAUUUCUGUCCGUUGUUAAAACAUGUAUCUGUUGUCAAAGUUGUAACAUGCUUUCAUAUGUGAACACAUAAUUUCUGUCCGUUGUUAAAACAUGUAUCUGUUGUCAAAGUUAUAACAUACUUUCAUAUGUGAACACAUAAUUUCUGUCCGUUGUUAAAACAUGUAUCUGUUGUCAAAGUUGUAACAUACUUUCAUAUGUGAACACAUAAUUUCUGUCCGUUGUUAAAACAUGUAUCUGUUGUCAAAGUUGUAACAUACUUUCAUAUGUGAACACAUAAUUUCUGUCCGUUGUUAAAACAUGUAUCUGUUGCCACUGUUGUAACAUACUUUCAUAUGUGAACACAUAAUUUCUGUCCGUUGUGCAAACAGAUAUCCCUGGCCACUGGUGUAGCCUCUUUCCAUAAUAAAUGAACCGCAUGUUGCAGGUGCACUUCUACUUGCAUCUCAAAGAGAGGUGACCCCCCUCCCCCCCCCUCCCCGGGGCGCAUCCAUGCUUAGGGACGAUGUAAUGUGAAAUAGUGGUUUUUUUUUUUUUUUUUGGUCAAUUGGGAGGUCAGUGGGGUGGGGUGGGGUGAGGGUGGGGUGGGGGUGGGGUGGGGUGGGGGUGGGGGGUGGUGCCUUGUUAAAAAAACACUCCUCUCAAAUGUGUUACUGUUCUUCCAAGUUUUAAAAAACGCGGGGGAAAAAAAGAAAAGAAUCUGACAUUCUACAGACAUCUCCCUCUCCAAAUCCAGCAUUCACAUCCAAUAUUUAUUUACCACAAGUUACGGCAUUUGAAUAUGGCUAUGGUGUUCGGCAUUUGAAUAUCACUCUGGUGUUCGGCAUUUGAAUAUGGCUAAGGUGUUCGGCAUUUGAAUAUGGCUAUGGUUUUCGGCAUUUGAAUAUGGCUCUGGUGUUCGGCAUUUGAAUAUGGCUAUGGUGUGUAGCAUUUGAUUAUGGCAGUGGUGUUCAGAAUUUGAAUAUGGCUAUAGUUUUAAGCAUUUGGAUAUGGCUAUGGGGUUUACAACUAAACGCCAUUUCAAAACAGGUAACACGGUUGCUCCCGCCCCCAAACACACACACAAACGCAAGCAGGCACACAUACCUUUUUUUAGAUUGUUGUACCUUGUAUAUUUUAACGUUAUGCAUUUACUGAUACGUUGCUUAAAUUUCAGUCCCAAACCUGGCUUUUUAAAAUACAUUUCUGGACUAUUUCACUAAGACUCAUUUACACUAUAUGAUUCCAUGGGACUAUUUUAUGUAUAUUCUUUUACUGUUCUCCCAAGUGUAUAUAUAUAUAUAUAUAUAUAUAUAAAUAUCUAUUUAUAAAUAUAUAUAUAUAUAUAUAUAUAUAUAUAUAUAUAUAUAUAUAUAUAUAUAUAUAUAUAUAUAUAUAUAUAUAUAUAUAUAUAUAUAUAUAUAUACAUAUAUAUAUAUAUAUAUAUAUAUAUAUAUAUAUAUAUAUAUAUAUAUAUGUAUAUAAAUAUAAUUUCUCUCCCCCCCCCUCAGAAAAUGAUGUUGAGUUAAGCUGUAACUGGACACUGCCCGGGCUGACCUCCUUCCUGGCCUACAACCUGGUCCUCGUGGUUCUGUGUUCUGUGUUCGCUUUCAAAACCCGGAAGUUGCCAGAUAAUUUCAACGAGUCCAGAUUUAUCAGCCUGUGUGUGUACACCACGUUAAUAAUUUGGCUGGCUUUCAUACCGACAUACUUCACGGCAGGGCGACAGGUAGGCCUAGUGAUCCGACAGUUAGUUAUAGCGGUCCGAAAAAUUUAGUCUAAACAGAGGCAGAGAUUGAUAGGUUGUCAGCAAACUACGGAUUCUGAACUUUAAAAAAAAACUUCUUCAACUCAUUGCCCUGAUUUUAACUCGUUUUUUCUGUUACUUGAUUAGUCCAUUUGAUUUUUACUUGUUUCCUGAUAUUUGACUUGUUCGCUGCUAUUUGACUUGUUUCUUGCUAUUUGAAUUCGGCGCUGCUAUUUGACUUGUGCGCAGCUAUUUGACUUGUUCCAUGCUAUUUGACCUGUUUCAUGCUAUUUGACCUGUUCCCUGCUAUUUGACUUGUUCCAUGCUAUUUGACCUGUUUCAUGCUAUUUAACCUGUUCCCUGCUAUUUGACUUGUGCGCUGCUUAUUUGACUUGUUCCCUGCUAUUUGACUUGUGCGCUGCUAUUUGACUUGUGCGCUGCUAUUUGACUUGUUCCAUGCUAUUUGACCUGUUUCCUGCUAUUUGACCUGUUUCCUGCUAUUUGACAUGUUCCCUGCUAUUCGACGUCUUCUCAGUUAUUUGACUUGUUCCCUGCUAUUUGACUUGUUUGCCAAUGAACUGAGUCCUUUUAACCAGGGAUUUUGUUAGCAUUCAGUGUAUUUUUUAACAUUAUUUUUUUAAAAAGUGUAAACAAUUCUAACUUUGGCGAUACUUUAAACGUUGCAAUUUCAAUUUUUUUGUUGCUAUUAACAAAAUUGCUUUUUGUUUAAAUAAUUUUUUCUUGAAAAGGUAACUUGACUGACAAAAUUAUUUAAACAAAAAGCAAUUCCCCCUAUUAAAGGGGUAUAAUAACAUAUAUAAUUAUUUAAUUAUAUCCAUUUCUCAGUUGCCUCCCCUUUUACUUUCCGCAGUAUCUCAAGACCCUAUUGCUGUCCCUCUCCCUUCUGGUCAACCACACAGUGGCUCUCGUGUUCCUCUACGUCCCCAAGAUCUACGCCGCUGUCAAUCUCAUCCCCACAACCUCCAAUGUCGUGGGCGAAUCCAUAAACACCACAAGUAGACUGGACACGAUCGCCACUACAGCCAGCUCGAGUCGCGUUCAGUCUGCCAAUGUCUACCCCAGCGGUGACGCCCCUGCUUGUGAUACGGCGAUUUUCGGACCUCCCAGCGGCGUACGCGUACCAGCAUCAGGGAGGACCCUAUUAACGGGG